AGCCAAAUGAGUAGUUGCCAGUGUUACAUAGAGUGUGGCGCGGGCUCCAUUCAAGCCUGGAUAGUUUAGGAAAGUCACACAAGUGACUCGGUUUAGAUAAGUGAUAAGGAAGUGUACGUAGUCGACGCAAGAUGGCGCACAGGUCUUGCGUGGGAGUUGUCCUCCUAUGUUUAGUAGUUAUAGCCUCAUCAGCAGUGCCAAAGGUAUCCCGCAAGAAGCCAGCAAACCCUCCGCCGCGGCCCGCCGCUGUCGACCCAGACGCGGAGAUCACCAACUCCUGCCCUGACGACGGCUUCUUCGCUGAUGCUGAGCAGUGCGACAAAUACUAUGAGUGCAGACAAGGAGAAAUCAUUGAGAAACUGUGCCCCGAUGGUAUGGUGUUCUACGACUACAGCCCGGAGGAGGAGAAAUGCGACUUGCCAUUCAACAUUGACUGCUCCCAGAGGCCUAAAUUACAAACGCCCCUAUCCACUCUCCACUGCCCGCGUCUGAACGGCUACUUCUCCCACGAGGACCCCAAGGAGUGCGGCAAGUUCUACUACUGCGUGGAUGGCAAGUUCAACAUGAUCACCUGCCCCGACGGCCUGGUGUACAACGAUAAGACCGGCAUCUGCACCUGGCCUGAUGAGGCUAAGAAAAAGGGCUGUGGCGCUGCUGAGGUGUUUGACUUCGAUUGCCCAGCGGUCAACGAGACCUUCGGCCUGACGCACCCGCGGUACCCCGACCCUGAAGACUGUCAGUUCUUCUACGUGUGUAUCAACGGCAACACGCCCCGCCGGUCCGGCUGCAAGCUGGGUCAGGCCUUCGAUGAUGUCCACAAGAAGUGCGAGUGGGCAAGGAAGGUGCCUGAGUGCGCCGACUGGUACAAGGGCCAGCUGACCGACGCCGAGCUAGACGCUUUGGAGAACCCGCCCACCGCCAAGCCUAAGACGAGCGGCUCGCAAACAUCCCGCCGCAAGCCCAUGCGCCCGCAUAAGGGCAAGUCGGCGCCGGAGCCCGAGGAAUAGGCUGAUGUAGGUUAAUAAAUAAAGCUAGUCUUAAGGUAUAAA